CCCCUCCGCCACGAAGCAGCACGCACCAAAAAAAGAAGAAGAAGCGAAGCGGGGGCGAAUUGAGGCCCAAAUACUUGGGUGGGGUGGAGGGCCGAGCGCGAGAGAUUUCGGAGAGCAGCGCGAAUCCCCCAAAAAUCCACCCCCAAAUCCCAAUUCCAAAUCCGACCUCCCUCCUCGGCCAGAUCUCGCCCCCUCUCCCCGGGGGGCCUCCGAUCGAAUCGGCGGCUGCACCGCGGCCGGCGAUUCCCGGGAGGAGGAGGAGGAGGAGGAGUAGGAGGAGGGGAUCUCGCCGAGAUUUGGAUUGGGUUUGGUGGUUGGGUGGGAGGGAGGGAGCUGGGGGGUGUGGCCAGCCAUGGCGUCGGCGCAGGUGUCGUCGUCCUCCGCCGCCGCCGGUGCGGCGUCGUCGUCGUCCUCGCGGAAGAAGGAUCUCCACGCGGGGAAGAAGCUGCUGGCGGAGUACCGUAAGAAGAAGAACAAGGCGGCGAAGAAGGCUGCUGAAACUGCAGACCAGGCAACGGCGCCUGUUCCUGAUACACUAGAGAACCCUCCUCCAAAUGCCACCAGUACUAACUCGGGAGACAAGUUGGUAUCGGACGUGGAUGUGAACACAACAAGCACAUCAUCUGUGCCACCAGUCUACGAGAAUGGCCCAACGAGUUAUUCCAGAGGUGACGAGCCCUUGUCAAAUGGACCUGCCCCUGUAAAUGUGCCAGUCAGUGUUAGUAAUCCUGCCCCAUCGCAUGAUGUCAGUAGUGUUGGAGGGAGCAAGAUUUAUGGGAACUUGAGCUUCUCUGACUUAGUUAAUGGGCAUAAUGAGGAUUGGAGAGGCGAUGCUGCUCGGAAAAGGGAGGAACAUAGUCCUGACAAGGACGUGACUUUAAAAUCUAAAUUGAGUGCCUUUGGAAACUCAGAUGAGGUCUCCCAUUCUUCAGAUGAGGUCUUGCUGAGUCAGGGAAGAAAUCCAGUCUUGAGGGAAGUAAGUGACACUGAGCAGUCUAGUUCAUAUUCAUCUGGCAGCCUUUUUGGAAAGUUAGAAGGCACGCAAAGUCAGGGUUACUCUGCAAACAAUGAUAUCUUUGGUCGGUUCCGAGCCACCUCUAAAGACUCUUCCCAAGCAGAUGGCUUAGCGUAUGCCAGCAGCCGGGAGUAUGGAAGUGCCUUCAAUAAUUCUUGGAAUACAUCAAAUUCCACACCUGUUUGUUUUGAUAAACAGGAUCCUUUUAUGUCAUCUGGUUAUCCAACUACAUACAAUCGAUCUCGGCCAUCUUUUCUUGAUUCUAUUGGAGUACAAAGAGCUCCAACAACUGAAGUCCCAUACGUGGAGCCUGCAAAGGCUAGUAAACCAUUUGGCAACUCGAAUUCUGAGAGUUCAUUUUUUCAGCCACCAAAUCAACAAUCCGCUGGAAGCAAUGAUGUGGAUGGUUCUCUAAAAUCAGGAAGACAAGAAUAUAACAACGAGAAGGGAUCAUAUGGAAAUUCCAUUCGUACUGAUUCCUUUCCUUCCAAAGAUGAACGGAAUCUGCACCAUAGUACUCAAAUGUUCCAAAACUUCACAAUUCCUGGGAAAGAUGAUGAUUUUGCUGCACUAGAGCAGCUCAUUGAGGAUUUGACAAAAGAGAAGUUCGCCUUACAACGUACUCUUGAGAAAUCUCAAGAAUUGGCUCAAACUUUGGCCACAGACAACUCAGCUUUGACUGAUAAGUUCAACCAACAGGCACAAGUUAUCAGCAACCUGACAUCUGACAUGGAGAGAUUGCAGAACGAAAUUCAAGCUCAACUGCUGGCACUUGAGUCUGUCAGAACGGAAUAUGCUAAUGCCCAGCUAGAAUGCAAUGCUGCAGAUGAGAGGGCCAAAGUUCUUGCAGCAGAAGUCAUUCUACUUGAAGAUAAGGCUCUUAGACUGAGGUCAAGUGAGUUAAAGCUUGAAAAGGAAAUUGAGGGUUUGAGCUCUGAGAUUUCUUCAUACAGGCGCAAAGUUUCUAGUCUAGAGAAGGAGCGUCAACAUCUUCAAUCUACUGUUGAGGCUCUUCAAGAAGAAAAGAAACUCCUACACUCUAAAUUGAGGAAUACUUCUGUGACUGAGAAGGUCAAUAUUAUAGAAAAACCUUCAGCUGAUAAAAGAGAUGCAUCAACUGCAACAGAAGAUCUAGAUACAGGGGAAAGCAGCUCUUCAGAAACCCUUACCAGUGCCAUUGACACAGUAGAAGAUGGUGAAACAUCUGUAUCGCGGUCCAAUAAUGUGGCUGAUUUUACUUAUUUAGAAGAGGUGUCUUCUAGCAUCCCACAUGAUCAGCUUAGAAUGAUCGACAAUAUCAACUCCUUGAUGUCAGAGUUGGCAGUGGAGCGAGAAGAGUUGCUGCGAGCUUUGAGAAUUGAAUCAUCCAAUUGCUCCAAGCUGAAGGAAUUGAACAAGGAUCUAACGCAAAAGCUGGAGAUUCAGACUCACAGACUUGAGCUGUUAUCUUCUCAAAGGAUGGCUAACGAGAAUGUCCUUCCAAAGCCGAUCGACACACGCUCCAUCAAUGAUGCAACUUUGUAUGCUGAUGAAGGAGAUGAGGUUGUUGAACGGGUGCUUGGAUGGAUAAUGAAGCUCUUCCCUGGUGGUCCAAAGCGACGAACCAGCAAGCUCCUCUAGUGGAAAGUAGAGUUUUGGUAUACCAUAAUGUUUUCUUUUCAUUUAUAUAUGAUAUUUUUUUGCCCUGUUUUGGUGAUAGCAUGAUGAGAAGUUGUAUAUUGGAGGAGAGCCCCUUGAUGUAACCAUUCUUUUUUCUACAGAAAAUGAAAUGUAUGGUUUGACUUCUGUGGAGCUACACUUUUGUAUUGGCAAUGAACAGAAUAGCUGCCAGCAGGAAAAAUACGCCCCCUUAUAUAUUCCAUAAUUAUACGUGGGGUGGAGGUGUAUGUUGUAAUUGCUGUAUCCAUUUGUUAUUUCAUUCACUUGUUAUCCCUA